AUGUUUGACCUUCCGAGAGAAACGUUGGUUGUCAUUCUCGAGUCUCCUGUAUUAACGGCGGUGGAUUUGGCAAGAUUCGCGUGCGUUUCCAAGAAGGAAAACAGUAAACAGUUGGCGAUGGAAGCGGCCAAAAAUCGGGUCCUAAAAGCGUGGCCGGAAAGUGAGCUGAAUUAUAAGCGAAACGACGACCAAGUGUAUGUUAAACCGAGCGAAGGAAAAGGGAACUUGGCUCGGUAUGAGUGUUAUUUCGUCGAUAGGUACAUCGAAGUAGCAGACAAACGAACUUUGCCGCCCUUGAAUCGUGAUCCCAAAGACAACAAAGGCGACGACGACGAGGACGGGAAGGAAGCAGAAGUCUUUGGGAAAGACAAAGAGACGUGGUUGGACGCGUUGCGAUUUUUGGACGGGAAGCUCGCGGAGGAGCGAGAGCGAGAGAAACGACGCGCGCAGUUACGAAAGAAAGGGUUGUUGUUAGAGCGAGAUGACGAUUGCGCAGAUUUGAAGCAACAACGGAGAGCAAUUCAGGACAAAAAGUAUCGGAUGAAUUGGAUGACAACGACGUGUACGCACAGAGACGGGAGAACCGAGAUUUGGGGGACGGAAUACUUAUGCGACGAAUUUUGGAUCGGCUCGACGAAGAUGAAAGCUCGAGCGAAUGAGGUUUUUAUCGGCGAGGACCGGCUUUUAUAUUUCAAGCGGUUCCAGUCGUCCGCGUUGCAAUCAAAGAGGAUUCGAAGCUUGCACGAGAAACACGGGAAAUUGAUUGCGCCUGACUUUCAUUGGUGCGCCAAGCAGGCGAGAAAAGUUUUGUGGGUCGCGAUUGGGACCAAUCACGCGGUGAUGUUGAUGGAAAGCGGAGAGGUGUAUACGUUUGGAAAGAAUAAGCAUGGGGAGCUGGGGUUCGCGAAUACAGUCACCGAAAUAGAAGUUGACGAUUUUAGCGAGAGAGGAAACGACGAUAUGAUGGUGGACGGUAACGAUACGAAACCGACGAGACGGACGAAAAUUUUGAAAAGGACGACGUUCGAGUAUCGGACGCCGAGGUUGUUAGGUUUUAUCAGAGAGGAAGGCGAGAAGAACGAUAGCAGUAAAGGCACUUCCGCGCAUCCAGACAGUCCGGAUUAUAUUUCUAGACGGUGUCGUUUCGUUUCUGCGAAGAAACACACGUCCAUGGUGACCACCGUGGAUGGUUUGGUUUUUGGUUUUGGUAAAAACGAUCGCGGUCAAUUAGGUAUUGGAAAUAACUUCAUGCAAUACCAGCCGAGGAAAAUAACCACUUUUCCGAGAGUUCCCGUAAGGAUGGGGUGGGGUGGGGUAGGGGUAGUUGAAACAGAAGAGAUGAAGAUAAAAAAAGCGGUGUGUUGCGGCGACCAUAGCGUAGCUCUAUCCACGUGUGGCUUGGUUUUUGCGUUCGGAUCGAACCAACACUUCGCCUGCGGUGCAACUUUUCCGGUGCACGUGUUCUCGCAAUUAAGGAAAGACCAGUGGUACCCGCGGAGAAUUGCUCUGACCUGGUGCGACAAUCCACCUCGAAACGAUCAAGGGAAAAUCCUCGCGUGUGAAAGAGAAUGGUUUCGCGAGAAUGGACUCGGAACAGUUAUAAAAGAUAUCACGACGGGUUGGAGCGAACAUGAACGUUUGGAAAUAGACGAAAAAGGCGAUCCCGACGAAUAUGGCGUAAACAACCUAGAGUUGUCGGAAGAAUUAGAAUACCUCAUCGAAGUGGAGGCCGAUGUUGUUCCGAGGGAUGAAGAUUUAGAUUCAGAAAUUAACGACAUCGACGACGAGGUAGUUUACAGCAUCUUGGCGGAAGAUAUCUCUGGCGGCCAAAUGCACACGGUGAUUUUGGACCGCUCUGGUAUCGUUUGGACGGUUGGAAAAAAUAUAAAGGGUGCGUGCGGCCGGCCGAUACCGCCUCAUCAUCACAUUGAACAUUGGGAAGACCAGCUCAUGAAUACGCCUAGUUUGAUUAAUUUUGUCGCAAAGCCGGUGAUUAUGCCGACGUACACGGAUGAGGAAACGGGCGAGAGACGCGUCGUGAGAAUGGCGGAGAUUCACAGCGGGAGAUACCAUCUCGGAGCAGUCGCGGAGAAAACUGGAUGGUUCUACGGGUGGGGCUCCAGCGAAAAUGGUGAGUUAGGCUGGGCAGUAGGCGAACAACAAUGCGACCCUAAAACAGAUAAAAUAAACAAUAUCUUCCGCAUGAGACGUUUCCCCGAACGACGGACGGCAUUCUAA